AUGCCAAAUACAGAAGAGGAAUGGAAAACCAUUGAGGCGGGCUUUAAUACAAAAAGGAAUUUUCCAACGUGUUAUGGCUCACUAAAUGGAAAACAUGUAGAAAUCAGAGCUCCUUCUAAUAGCGGAAGCGAAUUUUUUAACUAUAAAAAAACAAGCAGCAUCAUAUUGUUAGCUAUUGUUGAUCACAACUACUGUUUUUCAUACAUAAACGUUGGCGCAAGUGGCAAUGCAUCUGAUGGUGGUGUUUUCAAAAACUGUUCAAUUCACGAGCAACUAGAAAAUGGCCUAUUACUUGAAGAUGGAGUUAUUGUUGGAGAUACAGCAUUUCCGCUUAAGACAUAUUUAUUAAAGCCAUAUCCAGGCGUUAACCUCAGUGCAGAAGAAAAAAUAUUUAAUUACAGGCUAUCACGUGCCAGACGUAUAGUCGAAAAUGCUUUUGGGAUUUUAGUCAGUAGGUUUCGUAUUUUUGAAAAGGCAAUACCGACUUACUUGAAUACGGUAGAUGCAAUCAUUUCUGCAACUUGUGCACUACAUAACUGGCUGAGAAAAAAAUCAAAAUCCUAUAUCACUGCAACUUGUAUAGAUAGAGAAGAUUAA